AUGGAUACUUUGACACGCGAAGAGGAAGAUACGGUGCAUCAAUUCAUCUCAAUAACGAAUUAUCCUGGAGAACCAUACACAGCUAUCCACUAUCUUCAAGAAACUGAUUGGGAACUAGAAAGAGCCAUCAUUCAUUAUUUUGAAAACACUCCAGAGGCAAACGAAACACUGAAUACAAACGCCAGAAGAACAACACAGCAACCAGUCAAUACGGAAGUUCCAGAGCCAGAUACCAAUAUGGAUUCAAGUACAUCAUCAUUCCCAUUAAACAUACUAGAGAGUUUGAGAAGAAGGUUAGACAAUCUCAGAUUACAAGGAUCAUAUAUACCGCUGUCUAAUGAUGAUCACGGUGCAUCAUCAAGGGGAUUUCUCUCGUUGAAUUCAAAAGAUAAAUUGGUUUAUGUUACACAAUUGGCUUUAUAUAUACCAGUGCUGGCACUGUAUAAGAUAUCAGCUAUUGUUCUAUACACCAUCACCACAGCAUUCCCAUUUGUCAAACGUAUCACUGAUAGGUAUUCACUUAAUAGACAUAGUUCAAGAUCAGAACCAAAGGGAAUAGAUCCAAGUCAUAUUGCAAGAAAUUUCAUCUCAGAUUUUAAUAAUUUUUAUCCAAAUAAUAAUAAGAUUGAUUUUUUUGAAGGUGGUUAUACGUCAGCUCUAUAUAUCGCCAAAAGAGAUGCAAGGUUCCUAUUGGUUUAUUUACAUAGUGAAGAGCAUGAUGAAAGUGAAAAAUUUAUAAAUCAAACUUUAUUAAGUGAAGAUUUCAUUAAUUUCAUUGAUCAACAUAAUAUAUUGAUUUGGGGUGGUAAUGUACGUGAAAGUGAAUCGUAUCAAGUUAGUAAUGCUUUAGGAGUUACUAAAUAUCCAUUUCUGGGACUAUUAGCCUUAAAAACCUCUACAACAGAAACUCCAGAAGGUACAACAACUUCUGCACCAACUUUGAAUGUUGUUGCUAAAGUUCAAGGUUUUGUACCAACAGAUAAAUUAGUUGAUAAAUUAUCAAGUCAAAUUGAAAGAUUGGAACCAACACUUGUAACAAUCAGAGCUGAAAGGCAACAAGAGGAAUUGGCUCGUGUCAUAAGAGAACAACAAGAUCAAGCUUAUCAAACAUCAUUACAAAGAGAUCGUCAAAAACAAGAAGAAAAAAGACAAAAACGGUUAUUAGCCCAAAAUAAGGAACAAUGGUUGAAAUGGAGAUUAUCAACUUUGAAACCAGAAGUUGAAUCAUCUAAGAAAAACGAAUAUGCAAGAAUAGCAAUUAGAUUAUCAAAUGGUGAAAGGUUAAUGAGAAGAUUUGAUAAAAAUUUACCAAUUGAAGAAAUUUAUGCAUAUGUUGAGUUGAAAGAAAAAGGUUUAUUAGAUGGAUUAAUUAGUGGUGGCACCAAUAUAUCAAAGCCUGAAGGAUUUGUAUAUAAGUUUGAUUUCAAUUUAAUUUCACCAAUGCCUAGAGCUGAACUGUCACCAUCGUUGGAUGUUUUAAUUAAAGAUGAACCAGUAGUAUGGCCAAAUGGUAAUUUGAUAGUGGAGUAUAAUGAAUCAUAA